AUGAAACGCACUUAAGCAUUGAUAUCGACCCAAUUUCAUUCACUCAUAACUCAAACCAAGAAAAAUUGUUUGAAACCGAAGCUUCAAAUGAAUAGAUCAGUUUCGAUCAUCGCGCUUAUUUUCGCGUGCCACUUCUUCGCAGCACAACCAUUCGAUAUCGACUCGAUGGAGAGUUCAGAAGAAAGCCGUCCAUAUGCUCGUCUUCUAUCCUUCCUCAGAAGAGAUACUAAGAUCGAUUUAGGCAUUAAACCAAAAGACGGCGUAGAUGGAGCCGCACUACAGGAACAAUAUCGUUCAUACGUGAAAAAAUUUGCUCCAGAAAUUCGUUUUGAUCGUGCUGCCGCAGGAUAUCCAAUGUCUGCUCAAACUUAUUACGAUGCCAUGAAGGCAGACACUUCAAGCUCAUUUCGAAAAGAAAAUACAGACAGAAAUACACUUAAGGACGGUGGUUGUCCAACUUAUUAUAGACUUCGUGCUGAUGCAAAGCAAAUCCGUAUUCUUUACUGGUGGUUCUAUGGUUAUCAACAUCCAUGUUACGAAGGAAAAGGUGCACAUAAUGGAGAUUGGGAACAUGUUAUGGUUACUCUUAGUGAAGAUAACAGUAAAGUGGCUGCUGUUACUUUUUUUCAACACGACGGACAUUACACGCGUAUCUCAGGUCCACGUAAGGCUCCAUGUACUCCAUCAGGUACAGGCCGUUGCGCUGGUUCUAGCGGUUUCGAUAGCGCUGGCGAUCAUCCAGUCGUCUAUGUAGGAAAACUUGCACACGGCUCUUAUCAUGAUAAAAACUCAGUUGGUCCAGCAGGUGUUGGAAAUUGUGCUUACUAUGCUGACUUUCGUAAUCCAGGAUCAGACGCUGAUUAUAUGCACACUUGGGAAAAUCUUGUUAGUCUCGAUGGGGAUGAUGAAGCUUGGUUAGCUGCUGACGAGCAAGAACGUUUUUCAUGGGGUCCCGAUGGCAUUAGUACUCAUCCAACUAGACAGAGCCCGUUUGAUUCAAAUCAUGAGCGUGCUUGUGUAGGAAGUGCAACAUAUAAAGUAGAAAGUGCCGGUUGCUAUCAAUCGGAAUGUUUGGCAGGUGAUGAUGAAGCUUCCCAAAAUUGCUUGAAACAAUGUGAACCUGGUUAUACCAAUAUGGGAUUAACUUGCACCAACGCAAGACUGAGUACUUAUGGUCGCUUAAAUAAAGGAAAAUAUUAUAAUUAUGAUUACAUUAUACCAAAAGUAGAAGCUGGUUUAAGUCGUCGUCGUAGUGGAAAAAGUGAAUGGAGUUUACCUUAA